AUGGCCUUUUUGGAGAAUCCUCCUACCGGUCAACCUGAACAUACUACUACAUUUCUCCCGUCAAAUAGUGGUGUUGAUAUUGUGGUUAAUCUUGGGUUUAAUGAUUCUUAUUCUCUAAAUAACACUACUUCUUCUUUACCAAUUUUAAAUUCUAGUUUGAAUACUAAUAGAUACGUUAAUUUUGAUGAAGUUAGCUGCUCUGUUUUCAAUCAGGAAAACCUUGUUGUUAAUGGUCGUGAAGAAGUUUUGAAGGAAGGCACGAGUCCUUCCAAGCUCAAUGUGGUCCACCAGCAUGGCCCGUGCUCAUCCUUGAAACACCAAUACAAGCCUUCAUAUGUCGAUCUCUUCCGUCAGGAUCAAGCCCGUGUUGAAUACAUCCAACGCCAGGCUGCCAACACCACCGUUCGCCUAAACCUUGUUGGAGGCUCCCUUUCUGCAGAACUUCCGACAAACAUUGAUUAUUCUCUUGGUGUUUUCAACUAUAUCGUCAAUAUUGGCCUAGGCACCCCUACCAAGUUCUUCACACUUAUGAUCGACACUGGUAGUGAUCUCACUUGGACCCAAUGUAUCCCCUGCAUUAACUGUUAUAACCAAAAAGACCCAUUUUAUGACCCGACCCAAUCCUCCACCUUCACCACCAUCAAAUGCUUCUCUAACUAUUGUACCCAGCUCCCUCGAUUUGGCUGCACACCUACCUUGACCUGUAUCUACGAGCAAAAAUAUGUUAGUCGUGCAAUUACUAAAGGUUCCCUCAUUAAAGACACCUUAAAAUUCUCCGAUGAUAAUAUUCAAAACAUCCCCUUUGGUUGUGGACAUAACAACACUGGAUAUUUUGGACAUGUAGAUGGGUUAUUAGGCCUUGGCCGAGGUGCCCUUUCAAUUAUUUCCCUAACUGCUCAAUUGUAUAAUAAUAUAUUCUCAUAUUGUUUACCAUCAGGGCCCAAUAAUGUUGGAUAUCUCGAACUAGGUAGCCCAGCUCUUGGUGUGAAGUAUACACCGAUGCUAACCAACCCAAAAAUGCCCUCCUUCUACUUCAUCAAUCUCACUGCCAUUUCUGUUGGGGGAGAAAGGCUCGCCAUUUCACCUACUAUAUUUAGCGGCCCUGGAACUUUGUUAGACUCUGGCACACCAUUUACCCACUUACCACCAACUGCCUACUCUGCCCUACGCAGCGUUUUCCGAGAAAAAAUGAUCAAUUACCCAAUGGCACCACCACUAUCUCAACUUGACACAUGCUAUGACUUCACUAACUUCGAGCAAGUGGUGUUACCAGAGAUUUUGAUGAUCUAUGAUGGCGAAGUGACAGCUAACUUAGAUUUCUCAGGGAUACUUUUGGUGGCCAAAAAGUCUCAAGCAUGCUUAUCAUUCAUUGCAAAUAAGGAUGAUAGUAAUCUUGUGGUUAUUGGUAAUAUGCAACAACGCAGGUUCAAUGUAGUCUAUGAUGUAGGGAACUUACAAAUUGGCUUUGGGCCUAAUGGUUGUAGCUACUGCCGGAAAAAAUGGCGUCGGAAAUCGUUGCCGGCGGUUUUUUUUGGGUGGUCUAUUUCUCCGACGGCGCUUGCCGUCGGUUAUCACGAGAGUUAUUAUUGGCGGCUUUCCGGCUGUCCAACCACCGGCAACCAUACCGGCGACUACUUGGAGGUACAUGCCGACAGAAUUGCCGGCGGUUGUAGCCACCGGCGUGUCGCCGAAGAACCGCCAGCCAGCAUCGGUAAAUUGCUAGUAAAAUAUCGGCGGUUACCUGGCGGUCCGAACCGACGGCAUGUCCGACGGUGUAAGCAGCUGGUGUAUCGCCGGACACCCACCGGCAAGCAUCGGUAA